ACAACACAACACAACACAACACAACAAAACAAAUGGUAACAACAAAACACAAUAACAAAGUAUGCAUAAGUGAAACCUUUACCUUUAGCUGGGUACAGUUAGAGAAAACUGUGAUUCACAAUGGAAACAAUACGAUUUGUCCCGGAUGAUGAAGAAGAAGAUCUUUAUUCUGGUUUCAAUGAUUUCCCAUCUCCUCUGUUCAACACAAAAGAUCUAGACCAGGAUGAGUAUGUGCAGAUUGCCCUUCGCUCUUCAUACAGCAAAAGGCCUGGAUUGUUAACAUCAAAACCUGGAACAGCUAUGCGAUUUGGAACAUCUUCUGGGUACAGGGAGGGCUCAGUCCGGGUGAUGACGGGUCAGGACCCAGUGACCCGGCCAAUGACCGCUGUUAGAGGCGCCGGGUACACAUCCGCAGGACGUGCUGGGUCUGUGUUUGAUCCACUGAACCAAGCAUCUGCCCCACCACUGGUACACGCCAAGGCGGAGGAAAAGCCCGAAGACAAAAUAAAGAAGCUAGAACGUAGAAUCACCGAGUUAAUUGAUGAGUCGUGUUUGGCUGCCAGCAAACAGCAACUGCGACAAGCCUUGGACAAGGCAAAGGAAGCCUCGACUAAGGAGCGGAACUUGAUCCGACUGCAGGAGCAAGCUGGACUCUCCGAUACUCACAAUCUGGACCUUACGUUCUCUGUACUGUUUAACUUGGCGAGUCAGUACGCGGCCAACGAGAUGUAUUCCGAGGCCAUCAACACUUAUCUGGUGAUAACAAAGAACAGGAUGUUCCACAAUUCCAACAAACUCAAGGUGAACAUCGGAAACAUCUACGUCAAGUUGGGCCAGUAUCCGAAGGCCAUCAAGAUGUAUCGGAUGGCUUUGGACCAAGUGCCAAACACACAUAAGGACUUGAGGAUCAAGAUAAUGCACAAUAUAGGUAUUCUGUUUGUCAAGAUGGGCCAAUUUAGCGACGCCUGCACCAGCUUUGAGUACAUCAUGCAGGAGAAACCGGACUUCAAGGCAGGGCUCCACGCUAUAGUCUGCUAUUACGCACUUGAUGACAAGGACAGGAUGAAGCAAGGGUUUCAGAUGCUACUGGAGGUGGUGUUGGACAUUGACGAUGACGAAAAGUACAUACCAACAUCGGAUGAUCCUGCCUCCAACUUAGUACUGGAGGCUAUCAGGACAGAUAGUUUGCAUGCUUUGGAAAAACAGAUGAAGAGGGAAGCGGAGAGGAGUAUUCUGACGGCAGCAAAGCUCAUAGCUCCAGUCAUUGAGGACAAUUUCACUGCAGGAUACAACUGGUGUGUGGAGGCUAUCAACAGCUCCAUCUACGCUCCUCUGGCUGGAGACUUGGAGAUCAACAAGGCAGUGAUGUUCCUGAAGCAAAAGGACAUCGCACAGGCGAUGGACACUCUCAAGACCUUCCAGCGCAAGGAGAGCAAAGUAGCGAGCACCGCUGCCUCCAACAUGGCGUUUGUUCAUUUCUUGCAAGGAGAUCUAGAGCAGGCAGAGAAGUGUGGGGAGAUGGCCAAGGAAGUGGACGGCUACAAUGCAGCGGCUUAUGUCAACCUGGGCAACUGUAGUCUGGCCAAGGGCGACCAGCAGAAGGCUAAACAGCUGUACACUCUGGCUCUGGACAAUGACACUUCCUGUACUGAGGCUCUGUAUAACCUGGGUCUGGUGAACAAGCAGAUGGGUCUGUUUGAAGACUCUCUAGACUGUUUUCUCAAGCUGCACGCAAUAGUGAACCAUCAUCCGCAAGUCCUGUACCAGCUCGCGCAUCUGCAUGAGCUGGUGGGAGACGUGGACCAAUCUGUCGAGUGGUUUCUUCAGUUGCUAGGGAUCAUACCGACAGAUGCUGGUGUGCUUCAUAAGCUGGGGGAAAUCUUUGAUGGUGAAAACGACAAACAGCAAGCCUAUCACUACCACUUUGAGUCGUUCCGCUACUUCCCAUCCAACUUUGCCGUGCUUGACUGGCUCGGAGCUUAUUUUGUCUCGAUGCAAGUCGCGGAGAAAGCAGUAGCCUACUAUGAAAAAGCCGCCUUGAUGCAGCCCAACGAGCCAAAAUGGAGGCUUCUGAUUGGCUCGUGCCACCGUCGCAGCGGCAAUUAUCAGCUGGCUCUCCGGACCUACAAGGAUAUACUGCAAGAGUUCCCUGAAAACAUUGAAUGUUUGAAGUUUCUAGUCAGAAUGUGCAGUGACAUGGGCCUGCCUGAAGCUGCCACGUAUGCGAUGCAACUGAAAAAGGCAGAAAAAGCCAAAGAGCUUAGAGAAAGAAUCGGAAGCAGCCAAUCCGGAACUGGCUCUAGACGUAGCAGUGGCAGGUCGUCCCAAGGUGUUGCCAGUCCUCUCAGUGACUCUACACCUCCCACCAGAGGUAGCCUCACCUCAGCCUCUAGACAAGCCAAGCUGUCUGUGCUAGAGUCAGGCGCAGAACCUAGCUUCGGUCGCAGUCAGUUCCAGAACAUUGAUGCGAGCUACUCAGAUCCGCUCGGUCCUCAAGAGCGACCUCGGACUGCGGCACGGAGCAGGAGCCAAGUUGACGAUGAGUUCGGAGAUGAAGACCUUGCAGAGUUUUUGUUACCAGAGUAGCUUUUAAGUUGCGUAAUCUUAGAAAAUAAAAAUACCAAAGAUGUGUUACCAUAGUGUGAAUCUGUUGACAAAAAAAAGUUGUCUUCAAGAUUAUUAACCUUUUCU